GUCAACCUGAUUUUACUUGAAUCAUUCUGAGAUGAAUAGCAGUGAGAAAAGAAAAAAGGUAUUAAGUGAGCUUUUUGGAGACACUCACAAUGUUGCCAAAAAUGCACAAUAAGAAAGAAUUUGCGGAAUUUCUGAAGAGCGCAGGACCCCGCCUUGUUGUGGUGAACUUUACAGCAAAAUGGUGUGGGCCUUGCAAAAUUGUUCGUCCUUUUCUUUAUGAAUUGGCUGUUCGAUAUGAAAAUGUCCUAUUCUGUAUUGUUGAUGUGGACUUAGCAGAAGAUGUAGCAGUCCUCUGCAAUAUUGUCGUUGUGCCAACAUUUCAAUUCUUCAUGAAAGGAGACAAGAUUUUUGAAGUAACUGGACCUAAUACAAAAAAGCUUGAAGAGAAGAUUGGAGAAUUUAUGUAAUCUUGAAGAAAGGACCACUGAAAUUCCAAAGCAGCUAUAUUGCCUUCAAAUGACAGUAAAAUAGCAGGUACUAGCCCUAGUACCCGCACAUUGAAUCAAAUAAUACAGAG